AUGUCUAAAAAAAGAACUCCUGAAGAGGUUGAAGAAGCAGCUAAAAAUGUCCUUAAAUUAUGCGAAAGUGUAGAAAAUUAAAUAAAAAGUCUUAAACAAGAUUAGCACUCAAAUGAUUAAAGAGAUUCAAUAGUUAAGGCAAUAAGCAGAGAUUUGAGCAAUCUGAAAAGCAUAAGGAAAAAUUAGCUUACUGAUGUCGUUUUAAAAUAGCACGGCUCAUUCUAAUUCUAAUUCAAUAAAGAAGCAAUCUACACUCUUUAGAAUAUUGUUAACCACGCUGACAAUGUGAUUAGAAAAGUAGAAUAGAAUUUCCCAAAUGCACAAAAGGACGAAUUCUUAUAAUGGUAUUAAGAUUUCAGAGAAAUAAUGAAUCAUAGAAUAAAGGAACUUAAGCAAAAGCAACAAUAACCAAAUAACAAGAAGGUCAAAAAACCAUUAAACUAGAAGCAAAACGACAAAAAUGAUCAGCUUAUUGAAGCCAUUGAAUUCCAUCAACAAAAGCUAGAUGAAAUAAAAAUGUUCUUGGAAUCUCAUAUAAACAUUUCCAUUCCUAUCGACUCGUUAACAGCUGUCAAAUAAGCUCUUAAAGAUAUUUUCAAUUCUGACAGUUAAGAUGAGCUCAUUAACAAUGAAAAUAUAAAAUUCCAUUAUGAUACUAUUGAGAGUGUUUAUGAAAGUGAUUCAACUUCAACAACUAAAUAAGAAGUCCCUUAAACUGCUGGCACUAACAGUUCAUUUACUCUUUUCAAUAAAAGCAAGUUAUUAGCGUCUUAAUAAGAAAGAAAAAAAGACUUUUCAUACUUGACAAACAUGCUCCAAACAAGCUUUAACAACUCAAUUCAAUAGUCAGAUUUCUAUCCUUCUGAAUUGACCAAAGUCAGUACAUCAAAUAAAAGCUUGUUUCCAAAGUAUAAAAUGCUUUCAGAGGAUGUCUUUAGCAAAUUUGAUCUAGAAACUCUUUUCUUUAUUUUCUACUUUUAGAAAAAUACUUAUGAACAAUACAAUGCAGCUAAAACUCUUAAAAAUAAGAGCUGGAGAUAUCACAAGAAGUAUAUGACUUGGUUCCAAAGAUUAGAAGCUCCAAAAAUUUAAGAAGAAGAAUAUGAACAGGGAACAUAUGUAAUUUUUGAUUAUGAAAAGGGCUGGAUCUAGAGAAAGAAAGUAGACUUUAAUUUCAAAUAUACAUAUUUGGAAGAUGAAUUAAAAGUCUGA